ACCGCGGACGGCAACAGAACACGGUGGGAGAGGUGUCCGGGUCCGGUUCUGGGUUUCAACACCAAAACUUCACCUUUAACUGUUGAACGCCGCGUUGUUGGACAAAUAAGGAGCUCUGGGUUGUGCCGGGAUUGCCGUUCUGGUGAUUUGAGGUACAGCUGAAUGACCCUGGAUGUUUCCUCCUGGGAGAGAGAUGGAGAACAGCUCUCAUACACUGCCACCCUUGUCACCGUGUCCUACCGCUUUCGGAGGGUCCCUGCCUUUCUCCUCGUCUCCGCAGCAGACCUGCUCUAAUGGCCGUGUUUCACUCCCACUGUCACCUGUUUCAUUCCCCCCAUCCCCUACCUCACUUUCUCCAGCAACAGCAGAGUCUUUUCAGUCUUCCUCCCCUCUUUCACACUGCACAGCAUCUCAAUGCCUCGAAGGACAAAACAUACAAUGUCUCAGCCCGGCGAACGCAUCUGACCAAGAUGACCUGACGUGCCUCAGCUGGCUGCAUCAGAGGGGCGACCUGUUACCUCUGCAGCCCCUUCCCAAAAUGAUACCGCUGCCUCAGCUAGAGUCCUCCGCACCCACCCAAUCUCUUCCGCCUGCCUCGUCCAAGCCACCGUACUCCUUCAGCAGUCUGAUUUUCAUGGCAAUAGAAGAUUCAUCUGACAAGAGGCUUCCGGUGAAGGACAUCUACGAAUGGAUUGUGAACAAUUUCCCCUACUACAGGACAGCCUCUGGGGGCUGGAGGAACUCUGUCAGACACAACCUGUCCCUGAGCAAGAGCUUCCGCCGCAUUCAGAGGGACAAGAGCCAGUCAGUGGGGAAGGGAUCGCUGUGGUGUGUGUGCCCGGAGUAUCGGCCGGCACUCCUCGAGGUGCUGAGGAAGACCCACAGUUAUCACAGCACAAAUCUGAUUAACAAGCCUGCACUGUUGGAAGGAGCUGAAUUUGGGGUGCCUGCAGUGUGCGACUCUUUGGAGAUCUCAGAUCCUCUUUCUCAGACCCUCCUCCUCUCACCCUCACCCCAAACCUUAACCAAUGAUAACCCAAAUUUCUCUGAAAACCCACCGUGCCCUUUGACCCCGGAUCACGAGGAGCUUGUCACCAUGGAGUCGAUUGAUUACCAGCAGGAGGAGGUCAGCGAGGAGAUGGAGAAAGAUCCCCUGUCGGACAGCGGGUACAUCGAGUUACACUAUUAUCAGUCUCACCAGUACCAGUACCUGGUGCUACCGGGUGACACCGAGUUGGACCUGGAGACCGUGGAGAUCCUUCAGCUUGAUGCCGAGGCCCAGGAGGCUGCUGGGUCACUGCUGGACCUAGCAGGCGGAGGAUAUUAAUGUUAUAUCCUGUUUAACAGUCACAGCUGAUGCAAUGCUUCAAUCCACUAUGAGCAAAUACCCCAACAAACCAACAUAAAUGGGGAUUUAUGUUAUGUUUAAAAUGAUGACGUUUGGCAAACCGACUGCCUCCUACCGAGACUUUGACACUGCCCUAAGGCUUGCGUAUUGUUUUGUAGUUAGGUAAAAAUAUAUAUAAUCAACUUUUUGAUGGACUAACAAGACUAUGGACCACAUUGCUUCACAUGUAUUCAGGCACUUUCAAUGCACAACCUGAAUUUACCAUCAUGCCAUACCAUACAAUGAAUAACCUGGACAAAGACUGAAUAAUGUGGACAAAAUCAAAGUAUUAAAGAGUAUGGUCUUCAAUGCAGUAAGAUUUUUAGGUUUUCCACUGUGAUUUUGUAACACAUUAAGUUCAUUCUCAGGGGUGGAAGGAGUGCUUCCAACUCUACUGUUUCUUCAUUAAGAUGUUUCCCAAGUUAGGAUAAGAUUGAUAAAGCACUAAAACCUGUACAAGAAAAGUACAAAAAUAGCUCUUUUGAGGAAUACACUGACUCAUAUUCACACUAUUACCAUUUCAAUAUUACUUUGUCUUAGCAACCAGUUCUUCAAAGUGGUGACCAUCUUGUCUUUAUUAGAAGGUUUUCAUUGAGGUUACUUUAUGAGGAAAACAAACUUCAGUCAUAUAUCUUGCCCCUCAACAUUGUUACUGUAGCCUAUUCUAAGAAAAUGCUGUCUUUCUUAAAGUAGAGUAUAUUUAAUUUAUAAUGUAGUUGUGAUUGUAGAUUGCACUCACAAAGUGUGAAAGCACUACUCGGUUACAAUAAUGUGCGUACUUCCAAUUGUAUUUCUAAUUAAUUUCUUUAUACCCAUCGUCAUUCUUCAGAUCAUGUUUGUUAGAGUUGAUUUUAUGUAAACGACGUCAUGUUACUGCAUCCCUGAAUGUUUUUCAGCUUUCUCUGAAUUUGAAAACGUAGACAUGAUAUUGUAAGAUAAGCUACUCUGCUUAAAUCAGGAAUAGUUUUGAUUUAGAGUUGAAAUGUAAGAUGAACUCACUGCCAUUUAAACCACUUUACAUUUCAGGGUACACUGAAUUUCUGUUUGUAAAUUAUGUGUAUUUUCAAAAGCUUCAGAUUUUGUAAUCUAACAAAUA